GCAGGUAGUAUAUGGAUGUGGACAUUAAUAAUAGAUAACAUAGCCCAAAUGUGGGCCCUGUACUGUCUUGUUAUCUUCUACCAAGCACUUAAACACGAGUUAGCUGGAAUUGAACCUCUUCCUAAAUUCCUCUGUGUUAAGGCAGUGGUUUUCUUCUCUUUCUGGCAGGGACUAUUUUUGGAUUGUCUUGUCUUCCUCAGUAUUAUUAAAGAUAGUAAAAAUGAAGGCGGCUACACAGCAGAAGAAACAGCGGAGACAGUGCAGAACUUACUGAUCUGUAUGGAAAUGUUCGGAUUCUCAAUAGCCCAUCAUAUUGUCUUCUCUUAUAAACAUUACGUCUCAGAGAUAGAAAUACCACCCCCUCAGUUUCUAACUAGUCUAUCUCACUUGUUUGACUUCAGAGACGUCAGAACUGAUAUCAGAACACAGUUGGGAGUGAGUGCACAAACAAUACGUAACAACUACAGAUCUCGUCAUACAGAGAGAUCACCUCUACUUUCUUCAGAACAUGUUGAGUUGAACACUUUUAAAAACUAUAACCAGGAUAAUAACGAGAAUAUUUGAUAACUAAGCUGAGAAGUGAGAACUAGCCAGAGU